AUGGCUUCUUCUAUCUUCCACAAAUUCCCGCAGCUUCCACCUGAAAUCCAACUGAAGAUAUGGGAAGCCUCGAUUCGCCCACCGCAAGCCAUCCCUGGCGGUCUGCACUAUAUUGCGCUUGACCACAUGGGAAACACUGUCCCAUUGCAUAAUACGUGGAUGGACGAACCCGAAAGACGAAAGUCAGCUUACCAAUUGGAAGAAGGUCUCUUAACAGCGUGCUGGGACUCCCGAACGGUUGUUUUGAAGCACAGACUUGAGCAAGACCACUUCCUUAGCCAACACGAGCUCAGACCCAUCAGUCUGCACAAAGCCUUGGAGUCCCAAACAUGGUAUCCGGGAAGAAGGACUCUAUUGACUUUCUUGCCUGCUUCAGAGACAGAAAAGCCAAUAGUGCUUACGAAAGGCUUGCCUUCUUGGAACAUUGAGCUAUCAAACCACGAAGGCUACUACCCAAUCAAAGAAUUUACCGCUUCGCUAGCCUUCUUGAUGAGAUUGGUGAUUCAAGUUGCACAUACCAAGCAUUUCAGAACGCCUAUCAUCAGACUCAUCGACAGGAAUGCUCGAUGGAUAAACGACGACAGUACACAGGACACAAUUGAGACCUUUUACGACUGCGAUGACGAGUAUAUCGAAAUUAGCAUGAAGACUGGCUCUUCUUCUGCACGGAUCAUCCAGCAUAGCCCCGUUCUGAAGCUCCUCGACCAUAUGGGCCGGCUGCUGGAGGCCAACUUUGAGAUCCUCCAGCACAUAGGCCCCCGCGGCUUCCUGAAUCUGCCAGAAUUCGUCAUAAGAGACUUUGUCUCUAUCAUCGCCCUGCGACGCAAUCAAGCGGGAACUCGAACCUAG